AUGAAUUACACCACUACACCAACAUCUAUAAUGAUAUCGUCACCUUCCUGCGCAUUUUCGUGUGACAACGGUCGGCCACGCUGCCUGUCGCGCGAUGACUACAUUGAUUUGAGGAAUACUCAAGACGCACAUCUGAAUGCUGAGUUUACCUUCAUCCGCGAAUCCAUAUUUCGCCUCGAAACGAAGACCGACCGCCUCGAAACGAAGACCGACCGCCUCGAAACGAAGAUCGAUCACCUCGAAGAGAAGACCGACCGCCUAGAAGAGAAGACCGACCGCCUAGAAGCUGAGAUGCGCCAGUUGCACGCCUACACUCGAAAUAACGCAUUAAGGAAUCCCACUUUGCCUAUCCGGCCCGUCGUCGUGUACAACCCUGAGCAGGGCAUUAUCGAACCAAAACCCACCCACUUCCCUCGGAACGCGAACGAAUUCUACUCCCUGAGAGACCCGCCAUCGGAUCGUCACCGCUCCAUGUUGGCCUACCUUGCCGUCUUCUACGAUGUUCAGUUGAGGACUGCCGAAGACUCAGAGGGGGAAAGCAGCGAAGACGAAGUUCUCCUGGACAGGCCUGAUCUAGUAGUGGAGAAGCUAGAAGGCAUACUCGGAUUGAACGAGGACAAGUUCAUCAAGUUCAGACAGAGAGCCCGGGAAAUAGCAGCACGACCGCCAUCCAAACCUAUCAAA